UUGUAAUGUUAUUCCUACAUCAGUUAGUUGUUUUAUUUUAAUAAUAUGGGCAAUUAUAAAGGUGGUAGCUUAACCAAAAAAGCUGCGAGAAAGGUUUUUAAAAGUGAACAAGACGUUUAUAUUACAUCGAAAUCUAGCUUUGAGGCACAAGUGAAGAACAUUACGGAUACAUUCAAUUCAGGAGGGAAAGAAAUAUAUCUCCAUUGUUUGGGAAGUUCUAUUAAUCGUUGUCUAAACUUGGCGCUACAUAUAAUAAAGAAUUCCGGCAGUAGAUUGUCAUACUCCAUUCAUACUUCAACAAUUAAAUUAAUUGAUGAAUCGCAUCCGUUACACGAACACGAAGACGUUGCGUUAAGGGCACGCAACAAUUCCGCAGUACAUAUCAAGUUAUUCCGGCAUCUACCUUAAUGAAUAUUUGAUUGCUUAAUAAUGUUCAAGUUGUCAGAACUUGUUCGUUGGCUUGGCCUAACAGAGUUUGAAAUAUUAGUAAACUUAUGUGGAAUGCUUACCUUUACAAUUGUGUUAGCCUUUAAAAUAUCUGGAGCCUAUACAACUUCAGUCAUCGAUUGGUUUACAACUUUCAGUCCAUUAUUCUGUAUUGACAUUUUCAAUGCGUAUUUCUGUGUCAUAGUAGGUAUUCGCAUGUACCUUGAUUCGGAUAACAAACGGAAAGCACUGCAUAGAGUUAUGUGGAGCUCCUACUUUUUAGUGCUUAUUGCGAUAUUCAAGUAUUUGCUAUGCUUAAAAUUAUCUGGGCAAACUGGACUUGAGUAUAGUGAAGUUUUCUCACCACUUUUUGUCUUACUGCAGUUGGUAGCAAUAAGAGCUUGUCAAAUACCUAAUUCGUAAUAAAAGAAAUAUAUAUAUUUAUGAAAA